CAUUGGCUGCAGCUGACAGCUCUGAUCUGAUCGCUCACACAUAGCCCCGGUCGUUUCUACCGGAGUUUACCGGGACUGACCACAACAUGAUGGACUUAUUAGACUUUCCCUCCAAAGCUGACCCAAAGAUCCGACACCAUCUGUAUCUCCUCAACCGAGUUUUGUUUCCUAACUUGGGAGUCAGGAUGGCUUUUUUCUUGCUUCUCAUUAUAGUAACUGUUGUUAGGAGUGAGUCAGUGGCUCCGGGACCCGGGAGCGUUUAUACCAACCACUGGGCAGUGCGGAUCCCAGGGGGCCGGGGACAGGCGGACAGGAUCGCUGCUAAAUAUGGAUACAUCAACUUCGGACAGAUAGGAAGUCUGGAGGACCAUUACCAUUUCCACCACAGCAGAGUGGUUCGCAGAGCGGCAUACUCUUUGAAGGGCCCCCACAGCUUCAUCCAUAUGGAUCCUGAGGUGGCCUGGGCUGAGCAGCAGGUAGUAAAACCAAGAGUAAAGAGGUAUGUCCAAAGUGACCCAAGCUUCAUUCAUUUCAAUGACCCUAAAUGGUCCAACAUGUGGUACAUUCACUGCAAUGAUAAGAGCAGCCGUUGUUGCUCAGAGAUGAACAUUCUGGAAGCCUGGCAGAGGGGCUACACCGGCAAGAACGUGGUGGUCACCAUAUUGGAUGACGGCAUCGAGAGGAACCACCCUGAUCUGGCUCAGAACUAUGACCAUCUAGCAAGUUAUGAUGUCAAUGGGAAUGACCAUGACCCUACACCACGUUAUGACUCCCGCAAUGAAAACAUACAUGGUACUCGGUGUGCAGGUCAAGUUGCAGCAGUGGCCAAUAACUCCCACUGUGCCGUUGGGAUUGCCUAUAAUGCUCGGAUUGGAGGGAUUCGGAUGCUGGAUGGCGAUGUGACUGAUUUGGUAGAGGCCAUGUCCCUGGGAAUCCGACCAGACUACAUUGACAUCUACAGUGCCAGCUGGGGCCCAAAAGACGAUGGCAAGACGGUGGAUGGCCCAGGGCCGCUAACUAAACAAGCUUUUGAACAAGGCAUCAACAAGGGCCGCAAAGGCUUGGGGUCCAUUUUUGUCUGGGCGUCAGGUAACGGGGGUCGCCAGGGUGAUCACUGCUCAUGUGACGGUUACACCAGCAGUAUCUACACCAUCUCCAUCUCCAGCACCACAGAGAACGGAAACAAGCCCUGGUACCUGGAGGUGUGCAGCUCCAUCAUAGCCACAACUUACAGUAGUGGAGAGUUUAAUGAGAGGAAGAUUGUAACCACUGACCUGAGGCACCGCUGCACUGACGGUCAUACUGGCACUUCUGUCUCUGCUCCUAUUGUGGCCGCAAUCAUAGCUCUCGCUCUGGAAGCCAACCUUCUGCUGACAUGGAGGGAUGUGCAACAUCUUCUGGUGAAGACAUCCAGACCAGUCCACCUGAAAGCUGAUGACUGGAAGACCAAUGCUGCAGGAUUCAGAGUCAGCCAUUUGUAUGGCUUUGGCCUGGUGGAUGCAGAGGCCAUGGUGCUGGAGGCCAUGAAGUGGAGGACUGUUCCUGCUCAGCACACCUGCAGUCACACGCCCGAGCGACGCACCAGGCACAUCCAUGCUGGCCAACAUAUGAGCUGCAACAUUAGCACUUCUGGGUGCUCAGGAGAGCCUGAGCAGCACGUGGCUUACCUGGAGCACGUGGUGGUCAAGGUCCUGAUUGUCCACCCGCGGCGAGGAGACCUGGAGAUCAACCUGAUCUCUCCGUCUGGGACCAGGUCCCAGCUACUGGCCAACAGGUUGUUUGACAGUUCCAAUGAGGGCUUCAGGAACUGGGAGUUCAUGACAGUUCAUUUCUGGGGUGAGAGGGCAGAGGGCACAUGGACUCUGGAGAUUGUUGACUCACCAUCGAAGCUUCGCAACCCCGAGGUGCUGGGAAACCUGAAAGAAUGGACACUGGUCCUUUAUGGCACAUCUCAGAACCCUUACCAGCCCAGCAGUGCUCAGCACUCUGGUUCAAGGAUGGUGGAGAUCCCAGCCACGGAGGAGAUCCUGGAGGAGCCCGAGCUGGAGGAGGAAGACGAGUACAAUGGGCAAUGCCACAGUGAGUGUGGAGACCAGGGCUGCGACGGACCAGAUAGUGACCACUGCCUCAACUGUGUCCACUUCAGCUCAGGCAGCUUGAAAAGUGGCAGAACCUGUGUAAGCCAUUGUCCACUGGGACACUACGAGGACACAGCUUCCCGUCGCUGUAGACGCUGCUACAAAGGCUGUGAGAGAUGUGUAGCCCGGUCAGCCGGUGAUUGUCUCUCCUGUCGAAGAGGCCUGUUUCUCAACACACUCAACUCCAGCUGCAUCGAUACCUGUCCCCCAGGUUACUUUGCUGAUGACAAUCAGAGACAGUGUCUGAAGUGCCAUAACACGUGUAUGAGAUGCCUGAGGUAUGCAGACAGAUGCACUGCCUGCAGCGAAGGCUACAGUCUUGCAGGGAUGACUUGUGUUCCUGAAUGCACCAAUGGGACCUUUUUCCAUUUGGAAGAGAUGACCUGCAGCCCAUGCCAUUCCUCUUGUAGGACGUGUACAGGACCAGGUAAGGAGGAGUGUAUCAAGUGUGCUGAGGGCUACCUGCAGCAGGAGUGGAGGUGUGUGGAAGCCUGUACUCCUGGCUACUACUCUGGAAAGGCAGCAGGAGUCCCUCAUCAGAUGUGUCAUAGGUGUGAGGAAAACUGCCUGAGCUGCAGUGGAGCCGGAACAACUUGCACCAAAUGCAAAGAGGGUUUUAGUCUGGUCAGCAGGACUUGUAUUGUGAAUGCAUCCUGUAAUAAUGCUGACGAGGUUUUCUGUGAGAUGGUCAAGUCCAACCGUCUCUGUGAGAAGAAGCUUUACCGUCAGUUCUGCUGCCGGACCUGUCUGAUGAACGGAUGAGGAGCCAAACACCACCCACACCUCCUUCUCUCUCACUCUCAAUCUGUCUGAAGAAGACACAACAAGUGGAGUGUUACCAUUUGGUCGAACCUACUUUAUGUCUGUUACAAACUUCCAUAAAGAACUAAAGUUCAAUUCAAUUCAAUUUUAUUUAUAGUAUCAAAUCAUAACAAGAGUUAUCUCAAGACACUUUACAGAUAGAGUAGGUCUAGACCACACUCUAUAAUUUGAUUGAAUGUUUCCUAAUAAUAUUGCCUAGAGGAAGCAUAUAGGAGGAGAAUAGAAUUGGUCCAAGCACUGAGCCUGUGGAACACCAUGGCUAACUUUAGCGUGCUUGGAGGAUUUAUUGUUAAUAUUAACAAAUUGAGAUUGAUCAGAGAAACAGGACUUAAACCAGCUUAGUGCAAUUCCUUUAAUGCCAAAUAAAUGUUCCAAUCUCUGUAACAGGAUGGUAUGGUCAAUAGUGUCGAAUGCAGCACUAAGAUCUAAUAAGACAAGUAUGGAGAGAAGUCCUUUGUCAGGACAAGUCACAAGUUACUCUUUAUUUGUAAAGGGUAUUCAACUUGUUUUCAAAUGGUGGAUGUCUCAUUUUGGAAUGAUCUUCUGUUGUAUUUUUACAGGUUCCUGAAGGCAGGUGUGAUUUCCAUAAAACAUUUUGUAAACAGCAGUAUGUGGAAUGUGUAUAAAUAUUCUGUACUGAACUUGAAUGGUAUAAACAUGUACAAAACUACAUUAUAAUGCAUGUGCGUUUUACAAUAUGAAGUUUAACCGCUUUUAAUCAAAGAUAGUAAAGCAUGGAGCUGCCACUUGUUUUAUUUCUGGUUUAUCAAAUUAGAUUGUCUUUCUCUGCCAUUUCAUGAUCUCAGUUUAAAGUUCUGAGCUAUUGUCUAUUUCCCUUCUGUUUCAGUGAGUUUUUAUUUUUUUUUAUUUUGAGCUGAAUAUUUUCAGCUCAGUUAAAAUGUAAAUAAUAAAGCACACUUAGCUUUUAAAAUCCA